AUGGGAAGAAAGAAGAAGAAGCCUUCUAAGCCGUGGUGCUGGUACUGUAACCGCGAGUUUGAUGAUGAGAAGAUUCUGAUUCAACAUCAAAAGGCGAAGCACUUCAAGUGUCACAUAUGUCACAAAAAGUUGUACACUGGUCCGGGUUUAGCGAUACACUGCAUGCAAGUGCACAAGGAGACGAUAGACAAAAUUCCAAAUGGGUUGCCUAAUCGAAACAAUGUUGAUAUUGAAAUCUACGGCAUGGAGGGCAUUCCGGAAGCGGACCUUCGGCUACACGAAAAGAACAAAGGACCUCCUGAGGUUGCGAUGACCUACCAGGAGGCUCCGGCAGUGCCCGCGGCGCCCACGGUACCGAAGCCGAUUCUGCCGCCUCCCACCGCGGUCGCUCCGGCCAUGCCUGCGGCGCCAAACCUGAUGCCGCCCAUGGGGUACAUUCAACCGCCACCGGUGGGCCAUCACUUCGGGGUGAUGCCGCCGAUGCCUCCCUUUGGAAUGCCUCCCCACAACGCCCACCCGUAUCCCGGCAUGCCGCCCGGAAUGCCUCCUCCACCGGGCAUGCCACCGGGAAUGCCUCCUCCUCCUCCUCCUCCUGGAGGAAUGUACCACGGGGCAGUCUCUGGAGCGCCUCAGGGGCCGAAUCCCAUGCAGGCAGGUGCAGUAUCAACAUCAGCCCCUACCGCACCGGCCCCACCAAAGCCCCUCUUUCCGUCGGUGGCGGGAAGUUCUGGUGGUUCUGGUGGUGGUGCUACCACAGCAGCAACUUCAUCAUCUGCUGCCGCAGCUGCAUCCUCCUCCACUGCGACGACCUCUUCAGCUGCCUCCAGCUCAACUCACGGGACAAUUGUCACCAUCACGGCCACCUCGCGCAUCGUCCACCCCGAGGAGGACCUGUCGCUGGAGGAGCUGCGUGUUCGCUUGCCUAAGUACAAACACUUAAGCCUGGAGACUGGCCUAAGCUCUCAGUCGGCAAACGGUGCAGGCAGUGCUAACUAUGCUCCACCUUUACAGCAACCUCCACCGCCGCCGCCUGCCCUGCAGCAGGCGAUGUACCACCGGCCACCGCCGAACAUCUACGGUGGACAGCCGCCGGCCUUCAUGGGCGGCCUUCCCCCGCCUCAUCUGUCACAGUUUCACCAGACUUUUCGGCCUGCAUACUAG